CAUGUCUACUGAACUUGCUGAUAGCAUUCUUCUUUUAGCUUUCAAAAACUCUCGAAACCCUAUUGACACACGGUUACAUUAUUCUGCACAUUGAAAGAGGUAUCAGUGAAAGGAAGUUUAUCUGAAGAUACAUUUCUGCUAAUUUGUACAUACAUGUAAAGGACUGUAAGCAAAACAAGUUAUUGGAGUGCUACAAUUCAUUUGUGGAUAAAUACCACUUGCAUAUGGAGUUAAUUUCUUCACUGUAUUUAUAAAGGCUGCAGACUGGUUGAGGUGUCCUGAUCACUAGAGGUCUCAUUGUUAAGAUGUCAGGGUGGCACAGUCUGUCAGGACAGCUGCAGUACAAGUCAGGAAAUGGUGAGUCUGCACUGGGUCGUCUGAUGUCACGUCGCAAGGUGUGGUGUAUCCUGGAGGAGAGCGAGUGUCGUCUGCAGUUGUAUAAGACGGAGGAGGACGUACACAAGCGUCGCCAGCCUCACUCUCAUAUCGACCUGCGCGCAGCCGCCAUCUCCCUCGACCUCGACAAUCAAAACCAGUUUGUGAUACUGAGUGACAAGAAGGAGCACAUGUUCACAGCUGACAACCAUGAGUCCAUGAUGAUAUGGUUGCUAGGGUUACAGGCCCAACGUGACCUUCACAGCAGAAAGAUGACCUCCAUGACCAGUUCCUCACAAACCCGUUCAGCGCCUACUGCCCAUGAGUGUGAACUAUGGGACAACAAGCCAUGCCUCUACAUGACCUUUGACCAGCACCACGGUGACAUUCAGGUGUCCCAGAGUGCCCGAUCAUCACCGCGGUUGACCCGACACGGCUUCCAGUGGGCCAAGUAUGAGACCAAGAAGUGUGGAGACUCCAUGGAUUCUGGGCUAUCAUCAUACAAGAAAGGCCUAGAGAUGUCCAAAAGUUUCCCAUUGAAUGUGAAUGCCCGCCAGCCAUUUAUGAGCCGCAAACUGUCCAACUCCCAGACAAUGCUUUCAUUUGACAGUGACUGUGAUGAUGUGUUCAGCAGGGAGUUGCUUGUGUUUCCCUCGCGAGUUCCUCCUAUCAGUCCACGCUGGAGGAAACUGCAACAUGCUGUCCUGGGUCACAUGAUCCCAAACAGUCACAUGAAUAGUCACAUGACCAGGAUACAGGGAAGCACAGGGUCCAAUGAGCGUCAUAGUUACAGUUCACGAUCUGCAUCAAGUGACUCUGCAAUAGAGAGAGGUGAAUGGACUCCUCAAGAGUUGAACACUAGACUUGGGGACCUAGAAAAAGAACUUAUUUCCACGAAGUGUGAGCUGGCCAAGGUCCUAAACCGUCAGACAUGCUAUCAGGAGAUGUUGCUACAGAAGGAUGAGGCUUUGAAAGACUUGGAGGGGCAACGACAGGACAACCAGCAACAGCAUGACAAGAAUAGGUCGCCAGUGAAGAGCAGCAAGGCUAUGAAGGAGUUUGAGGAACGAGUGAGGGUCCUGCAGAACCAGAACAGGUUCCUGAACGAGGAGGUGAAGAAACUGGCAAGGCUGAGGCUGCAGGAGCAUGGGGCCUUCCAGGAACAGAACACGCGCCUGCGGAGUCUUGAGGCUGAGAUAGAUCAGUGGAAGAUGGACUACGUGAGCCUGAUCCAGUCCUGCAUCCGUAACCCUGGAGACGAGAGCAGUGAGGACGUGGAACUGUGUCUGUAUGGGGGAGACAAGCAUAAAAACAGAGUGCGGGGUCUUCUUGAGGAGGCACGGAAGAUCAACCCUAGGCUGCCCACAUAUGACAGUCUGGCCAACAACGAGGUGCAUGUGGACGUGUACGGUUUCAAGCACCUGUACACCAACACUGGCCUGCUGCUACACUACCUGUGCACGGAGCUCUCCCAUCACUACCUCAUGCAGGCCGGAGUGUAUGAGGAGCACCAGAAGAGAUGGACCUCCUUCAUGAGACAUCACAGGAAAAACCCUACCAAAUCUAUGACAGAGUUGAAGGAGCUCUGUCGAGGUGGUAUCCCAGAUCGGUUCAGGAAGCAGAUGUGGCGCCACCUGGUCAGGUACAAGGUCAGUGACCUCAUCAAGGAAAAGGGAGAGCACUACUACAGGAACCUGUGCAAUUUGUUGCCAGAGUCACCACUGGCUGCAUGCUACAGAAAGCAGGUGUCCCUGGAUCUGAUGCGGACCAUGCCCUCCAACAUACGCUUCUCUACCAUGGGAUCAAAAGGGAUCAUGGACCUGCAGGACGUGUUGCUGGCAUUCUGCAUACACAACCCGACCAUCGGCUACUGCCAGGGCAUGAACUUCAUUGUAGCCAUGGGCCUGCUCAUCCUUGACCCAGAGGAUGCUUUCUGGCUGCUGGUAGCGAUCGCCGAGUCCUAUUUUUCGCCGCACUAUUUCGACCACAGUCUGAUAGGAGCGCAGGCUGACCAGCAGAUUCUCAAGGACCUUGUGCGUGACAAACUUCCCAGCCUUCACUCCCACCUUGAGAACAUUGACAUUGAACUCUCCACUGUGACACUCAACUGGUUUCUUGCUGUGUUUUUCGAUGCAGUCCCGUUUCAGACGCUGUUGCGUGUUUGGGACUGCUUCCUGUUGGAGGGCCCAAAGGUUCUGUUCCGGUUUGCGCUGGCAAUCUUACGCCUGCAUGAGCGAGACAUCCUGCAGAGGAGUGACACCAUGGGCAUCAUGAAACACCUCAAGUCAUGCACGCGGCUCACAUAUGACGUGGAAGGGCUUGUCAAGCUUGCUUUCGAUGGCCUCAAGCCUUUUCCAAAGCGUCGUGAUACCAUCUCAAAGCAGACGUGUUACCUGAACGCACUCAAGGAGAAAUACAAGAAGAAAGAGCUACAGAGACUUGCGUUUGCAGAGAGGGAACAGAUGUACAUGAACAUGGAAGCAGAAGCAGGCUGUUUCCUAGGUAUUGAGUGUGCUGUAACCAUUGACAACGGUCAGGUUUGGUUCUGCUAUGGAGAUCAGAACAUCGGCCAUCUUGGCUGUGUCUCCUGUGAUAGCAGUACCAUGUACACUGUCAACUACAAGCUGGACACUCGCCUGAUGUGCAUGUGUCCGCUGGGAGAUGAUGAGCUCCUGUUGGGUACCAUCUCCUGGCUCCUGGUCUCAGUCAAUCCAACCAAUCACGAGCAGCGCUGGCAGAUCCAGCUCCACGACGCCAUCCUGGCCGUCUGCUGCUAUGACGAUGUCGACUCAGGCCUCACACGCAUCUUCUCUGGUCUUGCCGACGGAACUGUUGCUGUGACAGAGAAACCAUACACCAUGGAGGAGCCCAAUGUGGAUGUGAUCUACAUUUCGAUUGGUCAGGCUCCGGUCACAUGCCUCAUGUUGCUAGGAGACCAGCUGUGGUGUGCCAGCGGGAACACUGUGGCCAUCUUACAUGCAAAAACCCUGGAUGCCAUGGACAUAUUUUCUGUGUCUGUGAAUCCAUAUGAUCACAUCCUGGCCCUGUGUGAUGGCCCCUUUGGGAUCUGGAUUUCCCUGCGUGGAUCCUCCAUCCUAGAACUCUGGGAUCCCAAGACCCUUAACUGCCGGAUGCUCUACGACACCCGAACAGACCGGUACCCGCAACUACGAAAGGAGGAUGAUGCAUAUUUCAACCGAGCCCGUAUCACGUCCAUCCUGUCCCACGGCAGCACAGUGUGGGUUGGCACCGGUGAGGGGAACCUCAGCGUGUACGAGAUACUCGAGUCCGCACAGCUCAAGACUCCCACCGAGCGGUCUCCCUCUGUAGAGACCUCCUCAAGCAUGUCCUAUGUGGUGAGGCCUAACAAGAAAAGAGGAUUUGAGGGACGAACAUCCCAUGGUCAGUCAAUCGAGCCCAGGGUACGUGUGGACUCGUGUAUCCAGUCAAGCCUCGAGGUGCAGAUGGACUCCCUCGAUGACCUGGAUUUUUCGGGAUGUGAGCAAGAUGAAUUUCAGUCUAACCAGACAUCGUCCGUACACCACGCCCGACGGUAUCUAAGGAGACGCAGCUCCUCAGAGACCAACCUCAACAAUCUGCACAGCAACAACAGCAUCCAGGAUAGCAAUGGCCUUGAUCGGCACCACUCAGAGAACGACCUUGACCUUUGUGAGCGCCUGCGCAAGCUGAGUGAGCAUGUGAGCGACCUUGAGGAGGAGACAGAGAGCAAGAUGGAGGCUGAGGCACGACGAGAGAGCCUCUCACUGAUAUCAGACGCAGAGAAGGAACACAAGUUACUGCAACAGGCCCUGUACAAGGCUAAGUCAAGUGGCAGCAGCCGUUCUCAGAAAGACAGCGUCUCUAGUAGGCGCUCAAGCCUUGAGCACCAGCUGCUCUCCCAGGCUCUCUGUGGCAGUAGGCGCUCUAGUAAGGGAGGCAACUCUAGUCGAAGGUCGAGUGUGGAAUUGCGGCAAUUGAGCCUUCAGUGCAAACAGAACGGGCGACACUCGCCGUCUUCCUUCCACAGCGAGGAUUCUGGCUGUGUGACAAUGGACAAGUCUCGAAGAGGGAAAAAUCAUUCCAACCAGUCAGACAAUUCAGGGCAUGUACGGCGACGACUGUUUACGAAGGCAGACACAAGCAGCAUGGAGGUAGAGGAGGACGCAUUUGAAGCAAGGCUUGAGCAGAAGGCACGCCGAGCAAGUCUGGUCUCUCUCGGUCUAGAAAUAUUGGCACCUCAAGUUGCAGUGGACCAUGGGUCAUCAUUAUGUAGUGAUUCAGACCAUAGGGCUAAGGCUCCAGCGGAAGCAACUUAUGUGAGCAUCUAUCUGGAUCCCUCUCAGGACAAUCACCAAGAAAAUAAAAUCACUGAAAACACAAUUCUGUAUAUGAAUGGGCUGGGUAUUAAUUUUGAUGAUGACUACAUUUCCAGCAGUCCUUCUUUGUCCCUUACACCAAUAUUUCCACCUCACACCCCAGUUUCACCAAGGUCACCAGUGUCACCUUUGGAGAAGUCAAUACUUCCACAAAAUACCCCAGAUCCGCCAUGCUCCCCAGUGUCCCCUUUAAAGAAGGUCUCGCCACUAGGAAUCUCCAUUGAUAGUGAAUUGGACACUGCAGAGAAUCCAAUGAGGGACUUUGCUGUCGGCAUGAAAGACAUUAGCAUUGAGGAAGAGGAGAAGAUUUUAGAAGUGUACAACAAAGGUCGCCGGAGGUCAUCUGUUCUGGAGGACAUGAGCCUUUUGUGUUCUGAGUGCAAGAGACUUGAAACAAAAUGCAAAGACUGCAAGUUGCUGCUGUUGUCUCAGGAGGUCAUAAAAAGACAUGAGAAGAGAAGACAGUCUCUCACAAAAUCAGUCACGAAUUCCCCAGCAGAAAUAAGGAAAUUUGGUGAGCUACAUGAGGAGAUUACACAGUCACUCACGAAUUCACCAGCCCAAAUGAGGAAAUUUGGUGACCGGCUGUAUAAUUGUAAGUUUAAUGGAAUGAAGAACUUUGAUGGGGAUUUGAUUGUUCAUAAAAGUGUUGAUUUUGACAAUAUGGAGGAGAUAAAUGGAUAUUGCAAUAAUGAACAGUUCCGUUUAACGGUUGGAAUGCCAGGCAGGAAAGAUACUAAAGAUGGAAUGCAAAGUGAGGCAGUUGGAGAGACGCAUGCUUCGAUGGCGCCUAGAAGAACAAGUUUUUCAGACUCUGAGUUGCAUAAGCAAAUAAAUGAUGAGAUGUUUGGAACACCAUAUGAUGAACAAGUGAAAAUGUUCCCUCGUCAAGAGUAUGAAAGGAGUGACUUAACACGCCAGGAGAAGAUAGGAUACUGGUUGUCUUCCAUUACGAAAGACUCUAGCAUUGAACAUGGCUACGCAGUGAGGCAAUGUGGUGACAAAGCUUCUAAAGUCACAGGUUAUACACCAGAAACAACAGGUUACAGUCCACUAGAAUCGUUUCGCCUCAGUCACAAUAAGACAGAGUCACCAGAAGGCAUUCAAGGCCUGCGUCAGUUGGAGGAGGAGGAAGUGUUCCAGGCCUCACAGAAGUCUUCGGAGAGCGGUCACCCUGGAGCGGCCGUCCUCUCUCAACCUGGCAGCCAAGUUGAGGCGAAAUUAAUGUCCAGAAAUUCAUCCACUUACACUAAAUACCUGAAUGGGACAGCUGAAUACUGUAGAGGAACAGCUGAAUACUGUGGAAAUGUGGAGGAUCAGCUGAAUACCCUAGAGGGACAGCUGAAAACCCUAGAGAAACUACUUAUUACCCUAGAGGGACAGCUGAAUUCCCUAGAGAGACAGCUGAAUACCCUAGAGGAACAGCUGAAUACAAUAGAGGGACAGCUGAAUACCCUAGAAGGAACAGCUGAAUACUGUGGAAAUUUGGAGGGACAGCUGAAUACCCUAGAGGGACAGCUGAAUACCCAAGAGGAACAACUUAUUACCCUAGAGGGACAGCUAAAUUCCCUAGAGGAACAGCUGAAUACCAUAGAGGGACAGCUGAAUACCGUAGAGGAGCAGCUGAAUACCAUAGAGGGACAGCUAAAUACCCUAGAGGGACAGCUGAAUACCUUAGAGGAACAGCUAAAUAUCCUAGAGGGACAGCUAAACAGCAUAGAGGAACAGCCAAAUGGCCUAGAGGGACAGCUACAUACUUUAGAGGGACAGCUGAAUUCCCUAGAGGAACAGCUGAAUACCACAGAGGGACGGCUGAAUACCGGACAGCUGAUUACCCUAGAGGGACAACUGAAUGCCCUGGAGGGAUGGCUGAAUACCCUAGAGGGACAGCUGAAUACCCUAGAGGGACAGCUGAAUACCCUAGAGGGGCAGCUGAAUACCCUAGAGGCACAGCUGAAUACCCUAGAGGGACAGCUGAAUACCCUAGAGGAACAGCUGAAUACCCUAGAGGAACAGCUGAAUACCAUAGAGAGACAGCUGAAUACCCUAAAGGGACAGCUGAAUACCCUAGAGGCACAGCUACAUUCCAUAGCGGGACAGCUGAAUACCCUAGAGGAACAGCUGAAUAUAGGACAGCUGAAUACCCUAGAGGGACAGCUGAAUACCCUAGAGGGACAGCUGAAUACUCUAGAGGAACAGCUGAAUACCAUAGAGAUACAGCUGAAUACCCUAAAGGGACAGCUGAAUACCCAAGAGGCACAGCUGAAUUCCAUAGCGGGACAGCUGAAUACCCUAGAGGAACAGCUGAAUAUAGGACAGCUGAAUACCCUAGAGGGACAGCUGAAUACCCUAGAGGGACAUCUGAAUACCCUAGAGGGACAGCUGAAUACCCUAGAGGGACAGCUGAAUACCCUAGAGGGACAGCUGAAUGCCCUAGAGGGACAGCUGAAUUCCCUAGAGGGACAGCCAAAGACCCUAGGACAGCUGAUAGAGUUUACUUAUAAAGUGCAAUAUCGACUGGAAUUCUCGGGCGUGUGCGUGGACACAGACAUUGACUCUUGCCCUACACAGCCAGCAGGCAGCGGCCAUAGAAUGUCCACCGACUCCAGUCAUGUGGCGGGAAGCUUUGACCGUGAUUCCCGUAAAAACUCCCUUGACCUUGGCGCAAUCAAGGAGAAGUGCAGCAGGUUGGAGUCAGAAGUGAAAUCUGGACUGGGUAGUCAUAAGUCAGUGGAUAUGGCAGGCGAUGGGUCGGAGAGACAGAAAAUGUUUGAGUUCUUGAAGACGCCCAGUCUGGCCAGUAGGCAGGCAUCACUAGGCCUGAAGAUCAUAGACCAUGACCUGGAAUGGACAGAGCUGUACAGCGGCAACAUCACCACGCCAUCUCCAACCAGUUCCACUGAGAAGCGUUUUGCAGACUUCCUUCGGACCCCGAGCAUAAGCAGCAAGGCGAGCUCCAAGUGGUCGAGCUACGAGAACAUCUCCACUCCAUCCCAGCCGGACCCGGACAGGAAACUGCUAUAUCCCCACCAGCCUGCGCGCAACAGGCGCUGUCUUAGUCACAGCCCCAGUGAUGUCUCCAUGGGGAGCGACAUUGAUUUGCUGUACAAUGUAGACCUGAACCUUGAGGCGAAAAUGAAGAUCUCGGACAAACCAGUCAAGUGUCUUCUAGCAACCAGUUGCAACAAUGAACCACUCAUCCUCAGUUUCUCUGGGUCCUUUGGGGACGAUGAGGCCGUUUUGAAGUGGAAGAAACAUGAAAAUGAGCAACUGUGGACCAACGAGCCAAUCCUGGAGUUGUGUCCCAGGACCAAGACAGCCAUUUUGCCAACAUACAUGAGGCGGCGCAUGUCCAGUAACUCAUCCCACAACAGCAUUGCUAGCGGCAACAGUGAUAUGCCCAACAGGAAGUAAUGUCACAGACAGGAAGUUCUGUGUCAUACAGAAAGUGAUGUGAUGGAUAGGAAAUUAUAGUUAUGUAUGGUACGAAAAGUGUACAGUAAGCAAUCUCCUCAACAUAACAAAAUUAAUUGAAAUAACAAACAGAAAGUGUCAUAUGGAGAGUGGUCUACUGGAGUUUGUCUACUAGGGCUCUAUUACAUUCCAGGCUCACUGCAGCUUAUUGAUAGACGGAUAUUUAGCAAAAACAAACACUGACAUACUCUUCACCAGUAUAAUUUGGUACAUACAUACAUUACUUUCCAUUUUAAGUAACAUAACCCUUGCAAGAAGACCAGUAAAAGGAAUUAGACUUGUCUCCCUUUUAGCACAAAAAACCUUAACCUUUAAAGGGAUCUUUUCAGGCUUUGGUAAAUUGACAAAAUUGAAAAAAGUUGUUGAAGAUUCGCAAAUUUUUGUUUUAGUUAUAUUUGUGAGGGAACAGUAAUACUGAACAUUUACCAUGGUCUAAUAUAGCCAUUAUAUGCAUCUUUUGACAAUUUAAAAACCUGAAAAUUAUAAAGCGUUGCAACACGAACCGAUUGAAUAAUUUGGAGAGUUCUGUUGUUGUCGUUAAAUUUUGUGAAACUACGAAGAUUGCUUACAUAAAGUAUAAAAUACGUCACUCAUACGUACUUGGCAGGAUGGCCGAGCGUUCUUUUUGGUUUUUACUCCAGGACUCCGGAGGUCACUGCAUGGUUCGAGCCCUGCUGCGGGCUACUUUCUUUUUCCUUUUUAUACGCCCGUUUUUAAAAACGGGACGUAUUAUAGUUUCACCCUUGGCGGGCAGCGUCCACAGCAGUGUCCGCUCUCUAAUUAAAAUAAUUUUCAUCCGAUCUUCACCAAACUUGGUCAGAAGUUGUGGCUAGCCAAUAUCUAGGUCAAGUUCGAAUAUGGGUCAUGCUGGGUCAAAAACUAGGUCACGGGGUCACUUAAUGCACUUAAAGGAUUAAGCAUGGUGUCCGCUCUCUAAUUGAAGUAGUUUUCACCUGAUCUUCACCAAAUUUGAUCAGAAGUUGUGUCUAGAUGAUAUGUAGGUCAAGUUCAAAUAUGGGUCAUGCUGGGUCAAAAACUAGGUCACGAGGUCACGUAGUGUAUUUCAAGCAUUUAGCAUGGUAUCCGCUCUCUAAUUGAAGUAGUUUUCAUCCGAUCUUCACCUAAUUUGGUCAGAAGUUGUGUCUAGAUGAUAUGUAGGUCAAGUUCGAAUAUGGGUCAUGCCAGGUCAAAAACGAGGUCACGAGGUCACAUAGUGCAUUUUAAGCAUUUAGCAUGGUGUCCACUCUCUAAUUGAAGUAGUUUUUUAUCCGAUCUUCACCUAAUUUGGUCAGAAGUUGUGUCUAGAUGAUAUGUAGGUCAAGUUCAAAUAUGGGUCAUGACAGAUCAAAAACGAGGUCAUGAUGUCACUAAGUGCAUUUCAAGCAUUGAGCAUGGUGUCCAAAACCUUCAACGGGCGUAUCUUGUGACAGUUUUGGCACUCUUGUUUAAAUUUUAUUCUUGAUUUUUUACUGGAGCUUUUUAGAUCCAAUGUUUACAUUUAUCAAUAUAAAGCAUUUAAUGACAAACUUCAAAAAUGCCAAAAUCUGUGAAAAGGCCCCUUUAAAAGUUCAAUAUAAACUGUAUACCAUAACAACACGGGGACUCGAGCUUAAUGUUGGAUGCCUAAUAUAAAUAUCUGAAAGAUGUAGAUAGGAUUAUAAGGAUGGUUAUGGGAAGCAUAUACAUGUAUUUUGUAUUUUGUAAGAUGAAUGAACUAAAUGUAUAGGUCUUGUAUAGAGUCUCGUUUGUACAGUGUUUUUGUAUUCAUACAAGCAUAACUGUAAGAUCACCAAUGUGUUUAACCCAUCAAGUUUUUUCAUAGUGCACUUCAUUAAUAGAACAUAGUAGCAUUUAUUCAUAUGCGUAGUUCACUGUAAAAGUAUAGUGUAAUCCCUAUGAAUCAAUUCCAAGUGCAAUUGCCCGCAAAAAAGUAUUAAAAUUGUAGAAAAUGUCUGGAAAUAUUGAUGUAUAUCUAUGUUGAUUGUUGUUGACACCCAAUAUAAUCCAAUGUCUUAUGUGCUCAUGUGAUAUGACUAUUGCUGUACUAUUGUUUUGUGAUUACUAAUGUGAUACAUAUAUAUACAUGUUCUAUAUAUUUGCUAAACAUGAUUCUUGUGUUAAUUUUUAAACUGAUUAUUGAGAACUGCAAAAUUAAAGCUUCAGUAGACAAUUAUAUAAGAACAUUUAAUUGCAUGCUUCUCAAAUACAUUUGUUCACAGAUUUUCAUAUUUUUGAAAAUGUCAUCAAAUGCUUUUAGUAACAAAUAUAUAAUAUAAAGUAUGUUUAAUAGUUUAAAGAAUUUUACUUAUUAUAUAACAAAUUGAAUUUAAAUUAUUUAUUCCUCUCACUGGGAUUCAAACCCUGGACCUUAAUAAUGUACGCAAAAUAUAAAACCUAACACUAGCCAAUUCAAUUGAAAUCGAGUUCAUAUUUAAAAACCUUCAUUUAUAUUUUCUUAAUAUCAAUUAAAACCCUUUUUUAUUUACCACUAUUUAUUGACUAUCAUUCAUUAACAAUCUGAUUUUUUUUUUUUUACACAAGUACAUAGGUAGAUAAUAAUAUAUAAAACUGUUGUUGGAUAUUUAUUUGUUGGUUGUAAUUGUUAUGUUUGUUUGUUGAAUGCUGUUGACAGAAAUAAACUAGUCUUGUUAUUAUAC